AUGACAGACCAGGGCAAAAAGGCGACCCCUGUGCGGCUAUGGGGCGGCAGGUUCACGGGGGAGAUCGACCCCCUGAUGAACCAAUACAACGAGAGUCUGUCUGUGGAUCGGGUCUUCUAUGCCCAGGAUAUCAAAGGCUCAAUAGCCUACGCCAGAGCAAACGUGAAGACCGGCAUUCUCACCCAAGAAGAGUUUGAGAAACUUGAAGAGGGGCUCCAAAAAGUCCUCAAGGAGUGGGAAGAGGGCACGUUCCAGCCGGCGCCUGGAGAUGAAGACAUUCACACGGCCAACGAGCGGCGCCUGGGCGAAAUUAUCGGGACAAACAUUGCAGGAAAGUUACAUACGGGCCGCAGCCGCAACGACCAAGUAGCGACCGACAUGCGCAUGUGGCUCCGCGACGAGCUGAGUUUGGUUGAGCAGUACCUGGUCGACCUCCUCAAGGUCAUUGCCCUCCGCGCCAAGCAGGACAUCGACUACAUCAUGCCGAGUUACACGCAUCUUCAAAGGGCCCAGCCUGUCCGAUGGAGUCAGUGGCUGCUCAGCCACGCGACGGCAUUCCAAUCCGACCUGGAGCGGCUGCGUUUCACCAAGAAGAACAUUAACAAACUCCCUCUCGGCGCUGGCGCCGUGGCCGGCAACGCCUUUGGCAUUGAUAGAAUCCAGCUGGCCAAGGAGCUCGGCUUCGAGGGCCUGAUCAUGAACAGCAUGUCCGCCGUCGGCGACCGAGACUUCGUCGUCGAGGUGCUCCAGUGCGCCUCCACCAUCGGCAGCCACCUGUCGCGCUGGUCCGAAGAUUUGAUCCUCUACAGCUCCCUCGAGUUCGGAUACGUCAAGCUGGCAGACGCAUACACCACCGGCAGCUCGUUGAUGCCGCAGAAGAAGAACAGCGACUCGCUGGAGCUGUUGCGCGGCAAAUCCGGGAGGAUAUUCGGCGCGAUGACCGGCUUGAUGAUGAGCAUCAAGGGCCUCCCGUCCACGUACAACAAGGACUUGCAGGAGAGCUUACAGCCCAUGUUGGACACGACCAAGACUCUGAAGGACAGUCUCCAGAUUGCGGCACGGUCGCUGGCCACGGCGACGGUGUAUCCGGAGAAGAUGCGCGCGGCGCUGAGCCCGGACAUGCUGGCGACGGAUCUUGCCGAGUACCUGGUUCGCAAAGGCGUCCCCUUCCGCGAGACCCACCACCUGGCCGGCAAGAUGGUGGCGCUGGCCGAGGACGAGAACAAGGGGCUGGACGAGCUCAGCGUGGCGCAGUUCCAGGGCGUGGACAAGAGGUUCGGCGACGACGUGCUGAGCGUCUUCGACUACGAGCGCUCCGUCGAGCUCAAGGACGCCACGGGCGGCACCAGUCGGCGUGCGGUGCUGGAGCAGCUGGACGCGCUGCAGAAGACGCUGGGGGCUUGA